AUGCACUCAGAACACUCUCAGAACAACACCACCCUCCAAUUCUGGAACACCAACCUCCCCCCACCCCUCCGCACGCCAACCUGUCCCUCCUUCCUCCUCUACGCCUACUCCAACCCAAAAGACCUCCGCACCCUCUCCACUCCUGACGCACAUUUCACUCCGCAAACAUGGUCCGAAGUCGCCACUCUCAUCGCGGAGAAUCGCCUGGCGGACUUUCAACGAGUGCCGAGUGAACUGUAUCGCUAUCGGAAAUUCGUGGAGGAUGUGGAGAGGGAGUGGGGGAGUGUGGUGAGGUUUUUGGUGAGGCAGAGGUUGGGGUGGGAGGUGGAUGGGGAGGGGAGGGUUGUCGGAGAGGGCGGAGUGGACGACCUCUACAAAAUCCUCCCCAACGACUGGCCCUACGGCCUCUCACCCUCCAUAACCCACCUAGUAGUCUGGACGAAAUUCACUCUCCCCACAGACCCCGACUCUCCGACCGGAGACCUCACACCAGCAGCCAAAAACGCAGUUCAAGCUUUCGUGGAUCGCAAGUUCAGCAGCGUAUGUGGCAAGGACAACGUACUGUGGUUUCGCAAUGGCGCAGCGUUGAAGAGCGUCAGGGCGGUGGAGCAUUUCCAUGUUCUGCUGAGAGAUGCGAAGCCGGAGUGGGUGGAUGGGUGGACUGGUGGGAGGAAGGCGCUGGCUGAGAUGAAGAAGAGGGAAGAGGAUGAGGCGGCGGGCAAGUGA